UUGAAUUUAACACGUGGUCGUUUAUUGUUGCGUUUUUUGUCCACCAGAUGUCACUGUCAAGCAAUACAACAAGAUGGGGAAAUGUCUUAUUUUGAAGUCAGCCAGUAUGAUUUUUAUUUUGAAGUGCCGCGCCUCACACCGAGGGAAGGAACAGAGUCCAACGAGGCGACAGGACCGGACAGUACAGUAGCCGCUACCAGGGCACCGAUGUCCGGCUGUGGGUCAGCCAGUAUGACGGGGAACAAGUUGAGGAGCUCCGGGGCUGCUCGACGGUAGCCAGUCGCCUUUCAGCGAACAACACGGACAUUGACUCCGGCCGGGCUUUCCACCUCCCUCCCUCCCGCCCCCACUAUCAGCAUACCAAAGCGGACGAAUUCGGUUCUUUCGGUCACGAGCGGAGGUCCGCGGCGAAACAUGAACAAGAACCACCGAGUGCCGAGCAGCCGUUCUCUGAGUGCCGUGGAGGUGAAGAGUAAGUUCGGGGCAGAGUUUCGCCGGUUCUCUCUGGAUCGUUCAAAGCCGGGCCGCUUUGAUGAGUUCUACGGCCUUCUACAACACGUGCAUCGCAUUCCUAAUGUGGAUUUGCUGGUGGGCUACGCUGAUGUGCACGGUGACCUGCUGCCCAUCAACAAUGACGACAACUACCACAAGGCCAUCUCCACCGCCAGCCCCCUCCUCAGACUCUUCCUGCAGAGGAAAGAGGAAGCAGACUAUACAACCUUCGGUACCGAUUCGCUGACGAGAAAGAAGAACACGGUUCUUUCGGCAGUUCUUCUCCGACCCGACCCCAACAGGAAAAAGCCCCCGGUUAUCAUCAGCCUCCCGAGGGACUUCCGCCCCGUCUCGUCCAUCAUCGACGUGGACAUCCUGCCCGAGACGCACAGACGCGUACGCCUGUACAAGCACGGUCAGGAAAAGCCUCUGGGCUUCUACAUUCGUGAUGGCUCCAGCGUACGGGUCACGCCACAGGGCUUGGAGAAGGUCCCCGCCAUAUUUAUUUCCCGGAUGGUUCCCGGAGGCCUGGCAGAGAGCACCGGUCUCCUGGCAGUGAAUGAUGAGGUUCUGGAGGUGAAUGGCAUUGAGGUGGCUGGCAAGUCUCUCGACCAAGUGACUGAUAUGAUGAUCGCUAACAGCCACAACCUUAUCAUUACCGUGAAGCCGGCCAACCAGCGGAACAACGUCGUCCGGGGGGGAGGCACGGCUUCCGGUAGCUCAGGACGCUCCUCAGACAGUGGUGCCAGCUACUAUGGUUACUCUUCCUCGGCCGGGCUCUCCGCAAGUACCUCCAUGCCCUCGCACAUCAUCCAAAACUUCCCCGUCGGGGAGCUCGAGAGCGACGAGGAUGACGAGGACCUUGUCAUCGAGGCAGGGGGUGACAUUGAGCCAAUCAGCCGCACGCCGUCCAACUACAGCAUGCCGCCGCUGCCUCGCUAUGAGCCGCACCUUAACCUACGAGCUUCCGCCUCGCCAUCGCCCCUUCCGGUCAACGGCACCGUGCUGGGCUGUGGGAGCAGCGGCUCACUGAACAAACCUGGAUCCUCCACGCCGUCGCCUGACAGAGCCGCAAGGAGGCGGAGUCUCGAAGAGGAUGGGACGGUAGUUGCUGUGAUUUUCGACCACCAGAGGGCACUCAAGAGCAAAAACUGCGAAUCUGUUCCGGCACAAAUUCAAGAAAACAUCCUGCUUCAGCCACAGCUCAGGGGAACUUGAUUGUUUUGAUAGAGGACUAAAGACAUCAGAAACUGGUCCAAUUUAACGAAAAAUCUGAGAAUUUGAAAUGCUAAUUUGUGAUUAAAAAGCAGUUCCAUUCAUUUUCAUUUCCUUUGCAGUUAGUGAAACCACGGUGAAUCAGCGAGUUGGCCUCACAGUUCUGGGGUCCGGGGUUCGAAUCCCGGCACCACCUGCGUGGAGUUUGCAUGUUCUCCCCGUGCCUGCGUGGGUUUUCUCCGGGCACUCCGGUUUCCUCCCACAUCCCCAAAAAACAUGCAACAUUAAUUGGACAUCCUAAAUUGCCCCGAGGUGUAAUUGUGAGUGCGACUGUUGUCCGUCUCCAUGUGCCCUGUGAUUUGCUAGCAGCCAGUUCAGGGUGCAGCCUGCCUCUUGCUCCGACGCGCCCCUGCAACUCUUGUGAGGAGAAGCAGCAAAGAAAAUGGGCGGAUGGAUUUAACUUGGGGUACGUUCGUACUCUGCACGCCCUUGCCAAUCCAUUUAAUAACCGCUACGUACAUAUUUUUUGCAGGAUCUGCAAUGAAUUUCUAGAACGUAUAUCAUUGUAGUUUUCCAGAAUAAAUCAAUAACUAUGUACAGAGUUGCACGAAUGACGUGGGAAUUUUAUUUUGGCCACAGUAUAGUUAUGAUGCACGCAAAGCCCUGAUAUAUGACAACAAAGUAAGUGUAAUUUGUGCACACAAUACUAAUGGGUAAGUUUGUGAUCGUUCUGAUUAACAGCGAAGCAAAUAGCUCCCAGAUAUAAUACACAAAUGUUACAAGGCCUACAUACCGUA